UUCACCAUCUCUCCAGCAUCUAGCGCAUCCUUUCUCUUACACAUUUCAAUUACGCCAUGAAGCGUGCACUCUCCUGUCCAGACUCCGAGCAGACGCACAGCCAUCCUUUGUCCCCAAAACGACUGAGGAAAUCCUCCGACACUGGCCACUGCUGCCUGCCCCUCGACGCUUCAUCGCGGCUCUCACGAACGCUUCCUCUGACGCCUGAGAAUCUCCAAGCGCUGUGCUCGCAGUCAACGCUAUCCAUCGGAGAGUGGGCAAGCCACGACGAUAGUUUCGGCGAGCCAGAAAUGGGCCCCCCAACGCCAAGUGUCACAUCGAACGAUAGUAGUCAAAGAAGAAGACCAUCGAAGCUGAGCUACCGGCGACGAUCUCAGAGCCCAUCCAAGAAGACAAGCACCCAAUAUCGAUCGAGGAAUAUGGCCGAUGCGAGCGUCUUUGUAGACCACUGUCAUGACCCCCCUUGGGACGUGACGGAUCAACUCAAGCAUAUAUUUGGAGUGUCGAUGUUGGACGACAUCGGGCAUGCCUCUUUUAGCGGUGGGAAUUCUUGCGUCCCGGCUAUUCAAAGCACAAUUGCAGAGCUAGCAGAAAAAUACUGUUGUAAAUCAAGGCAGAUGACCAAAGACUGUGCUGGGGAGGGUCAGUGGAAGAGCCAUCUGUUAACGAUUCUUGUGGAGCCUAUGCAAGAGUUGUGGCCGAACAUUCUAAAGCUGAGCGCGUCCGAAAAGCCAUGGACAAGCGAACUCAGGCCAACCCCACCAUCCUUCGAGGACAUACUCUAUAAUGACUCCCCUCAUGUCGAAUCUCAUCAACUAACAACUGAACAUCAGACUCUGCCUCCGCCUCUGCCGGCCCAAACCUUCCCCGACACACCAAUCUUCAGCGCGCCAUCCAAUGCUCCUAGCGAUGUCACCGACGAUCCUAAUCGUAUUUCCAUACCGAAACCAGACAUAGCCCUUGGACUUGCCCACACCUCUUUCGCUCGGCUCCAAGGCAAGAUACUAUGGGAUCUCCAGGACAACAAUCGCGUUCUUAGCGGGCCGCAUCAGUCAGGAGUUGGUCUACACUUCCCUUUUCUUAUUAUAGAAGCAAAAGGACUAGCUACAGGGUCGAAUAUGGUUGGAGUGCAGAAUCAGGCUGCUGUCGGCGGCGCCUGUGCUCUCAACAUAUUUCGCGACCUGAAGGUCAUCGCAACGAUUCAUGUGCCUUAUACUUCUAGUAACCAACCUAAACCACGGCAAAUCCUUUUUUCAGUGGUGACAGAAGGACCUGUUCACGAAAUGUGGGUUCACUACCAAAUAGGCGAGGCGUAUCACAUGACGGUGCUACGGAUAUGGCGGACAACGAUUAGGAAGGAGGCGAGAGAAUUUGUGCAGGCUUUGGGCGAGAUAUUGAAAUGGGGCGUGGGCGAUCUCAGGGCAAGUGUUCUGAAAGAGCUCACUACCAUCGAAACGGUGCUCCGGGAACGCAGGAUUGAGUGAUUACUCCGAUUGUUGAUGCGCUUGCUACGUUGCUUUUUCUCCUUCGUACUCAACUUUUUCUUCUUACUGAAUUUUGUGGAUCACGUAACGAAUACAAUGGCAACUUAUGUGUGUUUUUUUUUCCGCCUCCACG